UCACAUCCAUCACCUUUUUUAUUUCAUAUAUAUAAAACCUUCCCACCUCUGCCUCUUGUAUUUUUCUCUCCCUCUCCACUACAAUUAAAUUUUCUGUUCCUCUGUAUUUGUGGUUGCGUUUGCAGAAAACUGCAAAUACGCAACACAAACACAAGAGUGAACCAAUUAGCAUGCGUUUGGAAUCACGGUAGUAAAAUUUAUGUAGAGAGGCAUACUAGAUUAUUCAUCUGACCGUGAAUCCAAACACACGCUUAAUUGAUUUGAUAUAUCAAUCAUUACAAUGAUGACUUCACGAGGCAACGGAACCGUCUCGAUUGGUUACGACGACAAAGGAAGAUGGCAAGUUUGUGUAAAAAAUGAUAGAAAUGUUGGAUCUUAUGGCAUUUUCUUAGGAGAUAAUCCAUUCGAUUUCGCGCUUCCUGCAACGUUGUUCCAACUCAUAAUCAUUAUCUCAAUCUCUCAAGUGCUUUACUUUCUUCUCCGGCCACUAAGAACACCAAAAUUCAUUUGCAGCGUUCUGGGUGGAAUUAUUUUGGGACCAUCCUUUUUGGGGAGAAAUGAGAUUUAUUGGAAUGCAUUAUUUCCACCAAGACAAGCAGAGGUUUUAAUAAUGAUGUCAAUAUUGGGAGCAAUAUAUUUUUUAUUUUUCUGUGCAUUGAAAAUGGACAUAUUAAUGACUAUAAGAGCAGCAAAAAGUACUUGGAGAAUUGGAGUAUUACCCUUCAUGGCUUCAUUUAUAGUUAUAUCAACACUCCUAAAUCUUUUUUAUUCACCACAAAAUUUCCCUCAUCUUCAAUUAGAUGCUUCACGUUCCGCAUUAAGUGCAACAAUGGCGUUUAGUAAUUUCCCUGUUGUGUCCGAAGCAUUAACAGAACUUAACCUCAUAGCAACUGAAUUAGGACAGAUUGCUCUGUCUUCAGCCACACUCAAUGAUUGCAUACAAUUUUUUAUCAUAGUAACACAUCAUCUCGUAGACACGGAUAAAGUUAAAACUUUAGCCUUAGGUUUGAGUUUUUGGUUAUUGUUCAUUGUUGGUAGUAUCUUUAUUCUAAGACCAAUAAUGAAGUUGAUUGCACGCAGCACACCAAUGGGGAAACCAGUGAAACAGAUUUAUAUUGUGUUUAUUCUUACUGGUGUGUUAGUUAUGGCAGGUAUAACUGACUCAAUUGGGGUAACAUUUCUUAUUGGACCAUUAAUUUAUGGUUUGGUUAUACCAAGUGGACCCCCUUUAGGGACAACAUUGGUUGAUAAAUGUGAAGUUCUUAUCGCAGAGUUUUUGUUACCUUUUUUCUUUGUUUUUGUUGGCAUGAACACUAAUAUUUCUGCACUACAAAAGAAUUGGCGAGAGUUUGUAACUUUGCAACUUAUCUUAAUUGCUGGUGAUAUAACAAAGGUGCUUGCUUGUGUCUUGGUUUCUAUGACUUAUAACAUUAAGGCCAAACAUGGCACUGUGCUUGGCCUCAUGUUGAACAUCAAGGGUAUUACUCAUAUUAUAGCCUUUGCUAAAUUGAGGAAAAUCAAGUUAUUGGAUGAUGAGACGUUCAGUCACUUGGUGAUUUGUGUGGUGGUUACAACCGCGAUAAUCACACCUUUGGUUAAAAUAUUUUAUAAACAUAGACCUCGAGUACUAAAUUCAUCGAGCAUAUACGAUGAGGAAAUGAGAACGAUACAAAACAUGCCGAGAAAUUCAGAGUUUCGAAUAGUGACUUGUUUACACAAUGAAGGAAACGUGUGUGGCAUGACAACAUUAUUGGAAGCUUGCAACCCUGUUCCACAAAGUCCGUUAUGUGUAUAUGUGAUACACCUCGUGGAGCUAUUGGGAAAAAGUGCACCAAUUUUACUUCCUAUAAAUUACAGACAAAAUAGAAAAUUCUUGUCAGUUAAUUACCCCGACACUAACCACAUCAUGCGAGCCUUUGAGAAUUACUCAAAAAACUCUGGUGGUCCUGUUACUGUUCUUCCAUAUGUCAACGUGGCACCUUAUAAGAGCAUGCUUGAUGCCGUGUGCAAUCUGGCACAAGACAAAAUGGUGCCUUUAAUUGUAAUACCUUUUCACGAAAAUGACCAUAUUGACCUUAGUGGCCACGUGGCUACAUCUAUUCGAAAACUGAAUACUAGAUUUCAAGCACGUGUGCCUUGCACGUUGGGGAUACUAGUGGAUAGAUAUUCACGUCUUGGCGUGAAUAACGAUCACUCCAAAACGUAUUUUCAUGUGGGGAUAUUUUUUAUUGGUGGGCCCGACGACAGAGAAGCAUUGGCUUUGGGUAUUCGAAUGUCUGAGCGAGCGGAUAUGAAGGUGUCUUUGUUUCGGUUUAUUGUGAUGAACAAGAAACCACGUGGAUGUAAAAUUGAAUCAAGUAGAGAAGAUCAACUAGAUUUGGAAGAAGCUGAAGAAAUGUUGGAUGAGGGUUUAAUUGAUGAGUUUAAGAGUAUGAAAUUUGGAAUUGGGAAUGUUUCUUGGUAUGAGAUUAUGGUGGGGGAAGGAGUAGAGGUAAUGGAUGCAAUUCGUAGUUUGGAAGGAAACUAUGACCUUGUCAUGGUGGGGAGGAGACAUAAUAUUGAAUCUUUGAAAGAUGAAGAAAUGGGAAAUUUCAUUGAGAAUGUCCAAAUUUUAGGAAUAUUUGGAGAUAUGUUGUCAUCAACGGAAUUUUGUAUUGGGAUGGUUCCUGUUUUGGUCACACAAUGUGGUGGAGACAAAAGGGUCAAUCUUAACAAGCUUGAUAGAGUAGGUUCAGUUAAUGUCUCUCAAAGAAGUUUGCCGAUUAAUUGAUAAAUAUCUUUUUUUUUUUUUUUUGUCUACCAAUUAGAUUUGUGCACAUAUUCAAGCACAUUCACUUUUUUUCACUCAUCAAGCACCCCAUAUGUCAUUAAAAAGAUGUACUACUAGUGUCAGUGUAUUUCUUUUUGGAGAUGUGUUGUCUUGUCUCAAUUAAACCAAAAAUGUCUAAAAUCGUAUUACUAGAGAAUUAAAUUAUAGUAAAUUUUAAUUAA